GUGAGAUACUCCGCUAAUAAUGCAGUGACGUGGUAGAGUUCCGUCAGUGUAGCGGUGUCUGACAGACAGCCUGCCCGGGCCAGCAGCUGCCUUGCCCGGCUAAGAAAUCCGACAGGGGUCGGUCGAAGACAGCGCGGAGGGAAGAUCCGUGAGAAGAAAAACAAGAAGGAGCGGGCUGACAAACCGAAGCGGGGAGGUGAAGAAAGACGACUAGUUGUUUUUGUUUUUCCUUGAGGACUCUGGGAACAUGUUUUGGCAGUGAAUGGACUCAGAGGGGAAAGGAUACUAUUUUUUAUUGUGUUUUUGCCCAUCGCUCUCACUGCGCUGGUACUGUACAUCACCCCGCCGAGCAUCGCAAAGGACCAGCCGCACUCCUGCUGCUCUGCCGCCACUGCGCUCCCCUCCUUGCAGCGGACAGAGCUCCGGAUAACCGUGUUUGGAUGCUGUAGUGUUUUCUUCUUUUUACAUUGAAUAACAAACCCUGGAGUGGCAGAUAAACUGGGACGAGAUCAUGAAACAACAGUGAAAGAGCGAGGGGAAGCAAAAAAAAAAAAAAAAUUGAAUAAGAAGUGAGGCAGAGGGACGCUGUGGUGUGUAACAGACACAAGGAGCAGGAGAGAGAGGAGAGGAGGAGUCGCAGCAGGAGGAGAACCAAAAACCUGCAGGUUUGUUGAGCCUGUGGGGAUGAGGACGUGGAGGGACGUAACACAUCCGAGGUGUCAGUGUGAUUAGAGGGGAGGGAGCUGGAACAGGGGGAGCCGUUAAAGCGCAGGUUGUUUUUCAGUCCAAGGAGGCGGUGAUGGCGGGUAAAGGCACCGGGGUUCGCACACUCCUUCAGCCGACCGCAGCCCUGUCAGGAGCCGCAGCAGCAGCAGCAGCAUGAGGAGGAGGAGGUACGCAGCAUUGCACGUCUCAUCAGUCCUCAACAUCCUCAUUAUUCAUUUAGCCUUCCCCGCCCUGCUCUCCCCUCCAUUACAUCCAGCCACCCACCCUUCCCAGCCGCCUGGACUUGUAUACAUCCAUCCAUCCAUCCAUCCAUCAAUCAAUCCAUCCAUCUAUCUGUGCCCUUUCUUUAUGUCCCAACAUCUCCUCUCUAUUGGGCACUUUUUUUGGACCCCCAGUGGCUUCUUAAAAUGUUGCAGUGACACUCAAGGGGGGCCACAUGCAGGUGUUCAAGGCAGGUGUGCCACUGGAAAAUUAAGAAUACUUAGAUGUUGCUCUCACUUCACUCCCAGAGGAUGAAUUUGUCAUGAUAUUUCAUUCCUCCUUGCCCAGAGCAGAGUCAUUUCCACUCCUAUCAGAGAUUCCUAAAGAUUAGAGAGAGCAAACACAGAGGAGGUGACCCUUAUCAUAUCCUGAAGGAGUCGAGACAUAGAGCAUGAGCUUGUGUUUGUCUACAGUGCCAAAGAAGCGCCAGGGAGAAGCCUCCAUGGCCAGAGAAUCAUCGCCUUCCUAGCUCCAUCAAGGGGCCCUUUUAACCCUGCUCCAAGCUGCACUGGGGGGCUCAAACGUUCCCCUGACUCCACCAGGAGGCUCACUCCAACCCAUCUGCCAGCUCAGAUAACCCUCUGACUGUUGGCAACCACAUGUUUGAGGUGACUGUAUGUGACCGCCGCCGCCCAUUCCCGAGCAGCAGCAGCAGCCUCCUGCGACCCCGAUCUGCAUCAUGCAGUGGAGACGGCGGCACUGCUGUCCCAUCAAGAUGACCUGGACCGUCAAGCGUUCGCUCUUCCGGACCCAUGUGGCCGGCCUCCUCUCUCUGGCUCUGCUCUUCACCCUCUUCUUAUUUUUCAGCCACCAGGAUUGGCUACCGGGACGUAGUGGACCCCGGGAAAACCCACUGGCCUACACCGUCAGGGGUUUCCGCAGCCCCAAGGGAGAAGCCAACCAGAGCAACUCCCUGAAGAGCCUGUGGAGGGAGGCGGGGUAUGUAGUGCCAAAGCCUUUGCUCAACCUCAGCUCUCAGCAGGCGGAUGGGGCAGCAGGUGAGGCAGCAGCAGGAGGAGGAGGUGGUGGAGGAGGAGCCAGGAUGGGAGUAAUGGGGCUUGGGGACUCCAUGAGCACUAACAACAGUUUACAGAAGGAGAUGGGUGUCGGAGGGAGGCUCAGUGCUCAGCCCUAUCGCUACAUCCUGAACGAGCCCUUCAAGUGCAGGGACAGCACUCCCUUCCUCAUCCUCCUCAUUGCUGCAGAACCUGGCCAGGCUGAUGCCCGGAACGCCAUCCGCCAGACAUGGGGGAAUGAGAGCACAGCAAUGGGUCUGGUGUUCAUCCGUCUUUUCCUGCUUGGCACAGGAAAGAGCUCAGACACCUUUCUCCAGAGCAGCAUAGAGGAAGAGAGCCGUGUUUACCACGACAUCAUCCAACAGGACUAUCAGGACACUUACUACAACCUGACUAUCAAAACCCUGAUGGGCAUGAACUGGGUGGCCACCUAUUGCCCACAUGCCUCCUAUGUGAUGAAGACAGACAGCGACAUGUUUGUCAAUACCGAGUAUCUCAUCCAAAAGCUGCUGAAGCCCGAGCUGCCUCCCAAGCAGAGGUAUUUCACUGGCUACCUGAUGAGAGGCUAUGCACCAAACCGCAACAAGGAUAGCAAGUGGUACAUGCCACCGGAACUGUACCCAAGUGAGCGCUACCCGAUAUUCUGUUCGGGAACAGGGUAUGUGUUCUCAGGGGACAUGGCCGAGCUGAUCUACCAGGCCUCUCUCAGCAUACGGAGGCUCCACCUGGAGGACGUUUAUGUGGGGAUCUGCCUGGCGAAGCUGCGCAUCGACCCAGCGCCCCCUCCCAACGAGUUCCUUUUCAACCAUUGGCGGGUGUCUUACUCCAGUUGUAAGUACAGCCACCUGAUCACAUCCCAUCAGUUCCACCCCAAUGAACUCAUCAAGUACUGGAACCACUUGCAGACCAACAAGCACAAUGCCUGUAUCAACAUGGCCAAGGAAAAGAACGGCAGGUACAGACACCGAAAGUUUCACGGAGAGAGGCCUCCUUGAUGCAUCCUGUGACGACCACCCGCCUCAAAAAUGGGAGAUGGGUGCACUGUAACUACAGCCGAUGGAGGGCAUGUUGAACUCAGCACUAUACACUAUAUGGGGAAAAAGCACAUUGUUUUUGGUAUUGUGUACAGUCGAUGAUCCAAACUAUUUUUUUAAUUUGAGAAAAAAUGUUAAAUAUUGUAAACCUGUUGAGCUAUUUCUGAAAUGAAACUUGGGGGACGAGUUAAAUGCAGCAUACACAAAAAGUGCUGCUGCUCAAGUUUGCGAUAAUUCAGGUGCCAACAGAAAGAUGGUAAUUUAUGCUACAGUUAAUGUGAGGGCUCUCCCUAAAAGGUAGUACAGUAUCACACUUUACAAAUCAAAAAAAAUAAAAAAUAAAUAAGACACAAUUGUGUUUACACAGAGAAAGGGAAAUGCACAUGUAUCAUUGUUGAAAGUUACACUACCUAAAUAUGAAUGAAAGUAUCUUUGACGUUGACCAGUUAUGCUGCCCUGUUUCUCAGUGUUUACUUUACAGAGUUAUCAAAGAGUAUGAGUCUAAAGAGAAGGUUUAUCUGUCAUAUACUGUAUUUUAUUUAAAAAAAAAACAUGAAACCACUCAGAAUCACGUCAGAGAUGACUGAGAUUGUAUUUUUUAAAGCUUUACAUUGAGUAUGACUCUGCACUUGAGCAAAUGUGCAAUGAAUCAAUUAACAAUUAAAUGUACUGAAUUAA